AUGGACACCGAGUUGGCAGGUACAUGGCUGCUUCAAAUCGAGCAAUAUAUAAGACCUUUACCAACUGUUUGGAGACAUCUCAAACUUAAUGGCAAAACCGUCGUGCUUCAAACUCAUGAGGUCCCUAUGACCGCGGAAAAUUUUAGAGCUCUCUGUACUGGUGAAAAAGGUGUCGGAAAACAAAGCAAUAUGCCUCUUCAUUAUCGUGGUUCUAUUUUUCAUAGGGUAAUCAAAGGGUUUAUGAUACAAGGAGGAGUUCGUAAGAACUCAAAAAUUUUAGAUUUUACGAGAAGGAAUGGUACCGGUGGUGAAAGUAUUUACGGAGGAUCCUUUGCUGAUGAAAACAUGCGUCGUAAACACGAUCAAGAAGGUCUCCUGUCUAUGGCAAAUAAAGGUCCAAAUACUAACAAUUCACAAUUCCUUAUCACUUUAAGGCCUACACCUCAUUUGGACGGUAAACAUGUUGUCUUUGGAAGAGUCGUUACUGGGUUUGAGGUCGUCCAGGCAAUUGAAAGUACACCAGUAGAUGAUGAUGAUCGUCCGAUUGGAAUUGCUAUGAUAGCGCAGUGUGGUGAAUUGGAAUUGAGAAUUCCUCCGAACGUGAAAAUUAAAGAUAAAACCAAGCAAAAAUAUAUAGAGAAAAAGGAAUCAUCAGGAUCCUCAUCAGAAUCUGGCUUUGGAUCGCAGAAAAAGAAGCGUAAAAAGUCUUCAAAGAGGCCCAGAUCAGAAUCUUCUGAUUCGUUAAGCGAAUCUAGUAGUGAAUCUGAAGAGGAACUAUUUCUAAGUCUCGUUCAAGAUCGCCUGCAGUACGCCGAAAGUCACGUUCUCGGACCAGUUCUCCGGAUGCGCGGCGUGGCUUCACGUUCUCGUAGUAGGAGUCCAUUACCAAGGCGUUUAACUAUGGAUAGUUAUAGGCCCGCUGAUACAUAUAUUCCAUCCCGCCGUCGAGAAAGACGUGAUCGAGAACGAAGCCGAGAACCAGUUCGUGGACGAAGUCGUGAUAGAAUUCGAGAUAAAAGUGAAAACCGCCAUCUAUCUCAAAAUCGAGACAAAAGCCGUGAUCGUGAAGACAGUCAUGAUAAAAGUCCAGUUGGAGAUCAAAACCGAAGCCCAAUUCGGGAUAGUAAUUGGGAUCGUAGCAAGAGCAGAGAUCGUGAUAUAGACAAAAAUAUUUCCUUGGAACAGAAGACUAAAUCUGAUGGAUCACCCGAACGAGUAAAUCAAGCCAAUAAACCGCGUGAGCGUUCCACGGUUUUUGAACGGGUGAAAGAAGUUGAACGAGUGAAAGAAGCUGAUCGCGCAAAUGACGAUGAGCAUGAUUCAGAAAGAAAUCGUGAGCGAGAUCGUUCUAGGUCUAAGUCUCCAUCACCACCAGUCAAAUAUAAAGGCAGAGGAAGAUUG